UGAAGUUAUCCUGUUCAACAACUAAAACAUAUUAAGAGGCGGGAACCGCACAAACACCCCUGGACGCAUGAGUUCACGGGUCGCAGCGUGUGUUUGUAAAUAGUGGCAAAGAAUGGCAUCCGGCGAUAUUUAUUCGAAGGAAAGCCCCGACUGGGAUAUGAACCCACAGACCUUUGGCUUUGAGGCGACAGUGCUAGCCACUACACCACCAUACAGCCAUCAAAGAGACCCUAUGCUGAAGAAGAGAGAUGACUUUGAGGACAUUUUGGAGGAGAGGAGGAACUCCAGCGACUUGAGAUACGCCCUCAGGUGCUACACUCCGCUCCUGUAUCAAGGCAUGCCGCCCUGUAAAUCCAGCAUGCUGAAGAACAUGGUGCUGCAGUCGGAUACGCUGAACUAUGUCAUCAGUCAGGUUUCCAAAGACACGGGCAGGAGGACCGAUGACGUCCAGCUGGAGGCGUCCGCCAUCUUGGAGGAAAUGGCUCACAGUCUGCAGCUCAGCACCAUUCGCUUCUUUGCCUUCACACUCUGCAAGGUCUUCAAAUCCUUGUUCAGGAGCAUCAACGUGAACGAAGAGGGCAUCCAGAGGCUCCAGCAGGCCAUCCAGGAGCACCCGGUGGUCCUGUUGCCGAGCCACCGCAGCUACAUGGACUUCCUGCUGAUGUCGUACCUCCUGUACACCUACGACCUGACUCUGCCCGUCAUCGCUGCCGGCAUGGACUUCAUGGGGAUGAAAUUUGUUGGUGAGAUGCUGCGGAUGUCUGGAGCGUUCUUCAUCCGGAGAUCGUUUGGUGGGGACCAGCUGUACUGGGCGGUCUUCUCGGAGUACGUCAAGACCAUGCUGAAGAAUGGCUUUGCACCGGUUGAAUUUUUCCUCGAGGGCACCAGAAGCCGGACGUCCAAGUCUUUGACUCCAAAGUUGGGUCUGUUGAAUAUCGCCAUGGAUCCGUUCCUUAAAGGCGAGGUGUACGACGUGAGCGUGGUCCCAGUCAGCAUCAGCUACGAGAGGAUCUUAGAGGAGACGCUUUAUGCCAGAGAGCUGUUGGGUAUUCCCAAACCCAAGGAGUCCACUUCAGGUCUGUUCAAAGCCAGAAAGAUCCUCAGUGAAGACUACGGCAGUAUCCACGUGUACUUUGGUCAACCUAUGUCUGUGAGGCGUUUAGCUGAGGGCCGAGUGAACCGCCGCCAGUUCAACCUGGUGCCGAGACACAUCCCGGGGAAGCCCGGCGAGGACGUCCACAGCUUUGUGAACGACUCGGCCUACAUGCUGGUGCGGGCCCAGGAGGAGAACAUGGUCCUGAAGCCGUGGGUCCUUCUGGCCUCGCUGCUGCUCCAGAACCAGGCGGCGGGGCAGAACCGGGGGCUAGCGCUGGACCAGCUGACCGCACAGGCCGUGUGGCUCAGGGACCUCUCCCGGCAGUACGGGGCCUUCCUCCACUGGCCCGACCAAGUGAGUCCAUCAGAAGUCGUUUCCGCCAGUCUCUCCCUGCACCGAGGUCUGGUGAGGAUCUCCGAGGGGAAGGUCCAGCUGGCAGUGGAACAAGGACCCGAGGAGCCUCACAGCGCCGCCGCCCUGGAGGAGAAGCUCUUGAGCAAGGCGGUGGUCGUCCUCUCCUGCGCCUCCUACAGGAACCAGGCGCUGCACGUCUUCCUCCGGCCGGCGCUGCUGGCCUCAGCCAUCCACGCCGCUUCCUCCACCCAGAAACAGGUGGUCUUCAACAGUUUCAGCUUCCUCAGAGACGUGUUCUCCAAUGAGUUCAUCCUCUGUCCUGGAGCUACAGUGCAGGACUUUGAGGAGGCCAGUUACCUGCUGGUGAAGACCGGAGCGCUGCAGGUGUCCCAGCAGGAGGUGGCGGUGACUGAAGGAGGACACCGAACACUGGCCUUCCUCGUCGCGAUGCUGGAGCCCUUCUUACGAGGAUACCAGGUGGUUUGCCGGUUUCUGUGUGAGGAGGCCACUGAGACUCUGACAGAAAAACAGUUUAUUCCUGCUGUCCGGAAAUUCAUCAUCAAACAUCUUCUCGCAGGUGGACUCAGGCAUGUGGAAGUGCUGUCAUCUGACCUUCAGAAAAACUCUCUGGCUGCUCUGCUCAGACUUGGAGCUGUACAGAAAAUCAAAGGCGAGGCUCCGGGGACGUUGAAGGUCAACACGGUGAUGGUGAACUCGUUGGAAGACGCUCUAGGAGGAAAACGGCUCCCCGAGAACGCCGUCGUCGCUCGCCUCUGAUUCGGCGACCUCGUGAUCCAAAAGGAGAUUGAGGAGUGCCGGUUAUUCCUUUACCUGCAUCCAGCGGCGUCUCGGCUCUUUCCUCCGCCUGGUCGGCCCGCUGCAGCCAAACUAAAUAAUUGCUAUCUGGUGGUAGUUUAAUUUGUUUUCUAAUUUCACCAUCUCCUCUUCCCCUAAUCUUUCAAUGAACAAAAAAGCUUUCAUACGUGUGCAUAAAGCCAGAUGGGGAGUCCGGCCUGCGGAGGUUUAUCGGCCGGCACUUUGCACCAUUUAGACAAACGGACCGUUUGCUGUGAGCCGCCUGGCGAACGCUUCUGAAUGUGCCAACUCCACUCAGUGCACUUGAUGAGCGUCCUCUAGCGCUCGGCGGGGCUUUUCUUUUUCGUUAUUCUUUUUUUCGUGUCUGAUUACUCGCCGUUAGACUUGUCUCUUUUAUUCUGAGCACUUUAAUGAUUUUACUCGUGCACUGCGGCGUGGACCUGUGUCAUAACACGCCUUCGACGCAGCGCUUUCGCUCUUUUCUUUUGUGGAACAAAAGUUCCUUCGAAUUGGUGCAUUUGAAGACUUGGUUGGUUACAUGCUUUAUCUUUUGGUUAAAACACCUUUUCUUUUGCACCGGUUGAAUAUAUUUGACUUGCCUACUUUGAGAACAGCUUGUUCGAGGUGUCGUUGUUGGAUUCAAAGCCGCCCGACACACACGGCUUCAUUCGUCUGUGCAGUGGAGAGCGGUACGCCGGACUCCAGGGGUGCAUAGUUGCCAAACUCCAUGUGAAAUAGCAGUUAGUUAUUCAACUCACUCACAGCGACACCAAAGGAACACGUUUGAUGUUUUGGUUCAAUGUUGCAGAUUAUUUAUAUAUUUUCUCAAGGCUAAAAUGGAAUAGAAUAUAAACUUUAUUUAUAUUCAAAGCGAUACACACUUGACGUGGUUUUGUUACAGGGAAGGGAAGAAAGCCAAAAUACAGUCACAUAUGAGGCGUAGCUGAAAGACUCUGAGGAACAAUGCUCAGAAAACGCCCCUGAAGGGGCGGGGCUUCUUCUAACAGAA